GGCCUAAAAUCCCAUCAUUCAUUCUCACAGGCAUAAACACAAACACUUGACGAACACAUAAACAGGAAUUAAUACUAAUUACCUGAAAUUAUGGGUGUCAAGGGAUUCGUUGAGGGUGGAAUCGCUUCCAUUGUUGCUGGAUGCUCGACUCAUCCUAUGGAUCUGCUCAAGGUCCGUAUGCAACUUCAAGGUGAGAGCAUGACUGUUCCAAACGUUCAGCAAGUUCCUACUUUGCGACCUGCUUUGGCCUUCCAUUCUACCCCAGCUGCUGUCUUCCCUCCUAAUUCGAUUAACAUUCCUCCGCCACCUCGUGUGGGACUUGUAUCCGUGGGGAUGAAGAUUGUUCAGGCCGAGGGUGUUGCUGCUCUGUUCUCCGGCGUCUCUGCCACCGUCCUCCGUCAGACACUCUAUUCGACCACUCGAAUGGGACUUUAUGAUGUUCUGAAGCAAAAAUGGACCGAUAAGGACUCCAAAAACAUGCCCCUUCCACGCAAGAUCGUUGCUGGACUCAUCUCCGGCGCGAUCGGCGCUGCGGUCGGGAACCCUGCCGACGUGGCUAUGGUCAGGAUGCAGGCGGACGGCCGGCUUCCCGUAGCUCAACGCCGCAACUACAGUAGCGUGAUCGAUGCGAUCACGAGGAUGUCGAAGCAGGAAGGCAUCACCAGCCUGUGGCGCGGUUCGGCGCUGACCGUGAAUCGUGCUAUGAUCGUGACUGCCUCGCAGCUUGCGACGUACGAUCAGGUGAAAGAGGCAAUUUUGGAGAAGGGAGUGAUGGCCGACGGGCUGGGGACCCACGUGACCGCGAGUUUUGUGGCAGGGUUUGUGGCGUCUGUGGCGUCGAAUCCGGUGGAUGUGAUAAAGACUAGAGUAAUGAACAUGAAGGUGGAACCAGGGCAGGCUCCGCCGUACAAUGGUGCCCUGGAUUGUGCAAUGAAAACUGUGAAGGCCGAGGGACUUACGGCGCUUUAUAAGGGCUUCAUCCCAACCAUUUCAAGGCAAGGUCCUUUCACUGUGGUGCUGUUUGUGACAUUGGAGCAGGUCAGGAAGUUACUAAAGGAUUUCUGAUCGAUCGAUGAUGACGAAAACUAUAUUUUGGUUCCUUGUUCUAUAAAUUGAAUUCAGUCUACAUUUACUACUACAGAAAAUAUGAUACCAGAUUGGUAUGAGUUUUUAGAAUGUAAUUCCUUCAAGUAAUGAAGCUAUUUGUUGACCUAGAUGGAUUAAGCUUUCAAUGAAAGAAGUCUUUAUUAGAAUUUCCACCA